UGGAUAACAACGUUUCGAUGGCACAAAUAAGUCUUGCUUAUUUUGUUAUUUUCAUAGCAUUUUAUACACUGACCAUUUCGGUUGGUGAUUGUGACACUGUAAAUGGCAAUGAAACUGGAGAAGAGAGUCAGUCUAGGGAGUUGUUUAGAGUAAAGCGAUAUGGAAAAUUGGUUUUAAAAUUUUCAAAGGUGCAUCGACGACGGGAAAUUAUCAAAUGCUGUGGCCAUAAUAGCUGCAGCGUAGGUCGCAAGCGGAAGUCACCAUCAACUACGCCAUUUAAAACUUCUGUUAAAAAUCCGACUACAGUAAAAGUGGUAACUGGACAGUUAGAAUCUACAAAUGAGCCAUCGACGGAUCCUGGGACGACUACAAAUACUGAGGAACCAACGACACAAGAACCUGCAACUACCUUGAGUGAAGAGAUAUCAACAAUUAUUGAUACAAGUGUUCCAACAGACCCCGUCGCAUUAACCACUGAAGUUCAAACUGAAAUUAUAUCCACGUCUGCUGAAACGACACCUCAAACUACAGAGAGCACAAGCACAACCCCAGAGACAACCACUUCAACAUCUACCACAAGUACCACGACCACAACAUCAACAACCAGUACAACCACGACGACAACUACAACCACUACAACACCUUGUCCAACUUUUAAUAUUUCCAAUGUUUAUACUACCUGGGAAAGUGCCCGGUUGGAUUGUAAUAGAAUGGGAAUGGAUUUAGUCGUUAUUGAUUCUCAGUCAAAAGACGCGUGUUUUUCAACUUAUUUGCAAAAUCAAGGUAGAGCCCAGGACACGUUUUGGAUUGGCAUUAGUUCCAUUGCGCAGAGUUCAUUCACGUGGGUGAAUAAAAACGCUCUAUCGUACAUACAGUGGGCAAGUGGCUAUCCGACCUCCUUAACAAAAGAAUUCUGCGUGUCAGCUUCUGGUGGGAAGUGGAAAAAUCAAAUAUGCACAAAUAUCAACUUUUUUGCAUGUGAGGAGUCGAAAACUAUCACCACUUCCUCAAAAACCUGCCCAGCAACCACUUCAAAAUACAUCCUAUAUCAAGUCGCAAAAACUUGGUUUGCUGCCCGCCAGGAUUGUUUAAGCCAGGGUAUGGAUCUUACAAGUGCUGAAACGCCAGAAGAGGACUUUUGUCUUCGCAUGAUGAUCAAUGGCCAAGGUCUUGAAUCGCAUUAUGUUUGGAUGUCAUUGAAUUGCCAAAAUGAGACGUUUUAUGACCACUGGGCGAACGGAGUAAACGUUUCUUAUCGGUCAUGGAAACCGGGAGAGCCCGCGCAAUAUCCAACAGAGAGAUGUGCGAUUUAUUGGCUCAACGGAUGGUACGACUUGCCUUGUCUGUCUGAAACCUUUUAUGUGUGCGAAGGGUCCACUAUUUGAAUUUAAAUGAUAAAAAGUUGUUGCAGUGAGGAUUUUGUCUAUAAUUUGUAAAAAUAGAUGCUAAUAUGUAUUUAAAAAAAUAUGAGAUUUAUUUAAUUAAUCUUCAAUCAAAAAACCCAAUUUGCAACUAGAAGCGUAAAGCUUAACAAUAUAAUGUGUCAUCAGGAUAUUCUGGGAUUCAAGAAGGUCAGUUAUCAGGAACAAGGGAUGCAGCAUCCCUAAUUGUGGGAAAAUAGCAGCACCUUUCGAUGAUUGGCGGGCAACGAGGGUCGUAACUCACUUUGAGGG